UUCCAGGCGCAUGCGCAAACAGCUUCUGUCGUGCCGUACUGUCAUGAGUGGAGCUGCUGCAAUUUGAAACGCAGGUCCGACGUGAGCUGACUGGAAUGGGGUUUACGUCUCUCUAGAUAGAAAAGGCUCUGGAAUUGUUAUGAUUUUGGGACGUUUGGUAAAAAUCAGUUACAGCAAAAAACACAUCGCAGAAUGGCCCUGAAUAAAUCAAUGCACCCGAGAAACCGAUACAAAGACAAAGCCCCAGAUUUUGCGUAUCUGGCUUCCAAGUACCCUGAGUUCAAGCAGCAUGUUCACACCAACUUGACAGGCCGAGUCGGUUUGAAUUUCAAGGACCCAGAGGCAGUGAGGGCCCUGACCUGCACUCUUCUCAAGGAGGAUUUCGGGCUGACCAUUGAGAUCCCCCUGGAGAGGCUGAUCCCCACCGUCCCGCUGCGGCUCAACUACAUCCACUGGGUAGAGGACCUGAUCGAGGGGGGCGGCCAGCGGUGGGGCAUCGAUAUCGGGACCGGCGCUUCUUGUAUCUACCCCUUGCUUGGAGCCUCCAUGAACGGCUGGUUCUUCCUGGCUACCGAGGUGGAUGACAUGUGUUACAACUACGCCAAGAAGAACGUGGAGCAGAACAACCUCUCUGAGCUCAUCAAGGUGGUGAAGGUCCCACAGAAGACUCUCCUGAUGGAUGCCUUGAAAGAGGAGUCAGGGAUCGUCUACGACUUCUGUAUGUGCAACCCUCCCUUCUUCGCUAACCAGCUGGAGGCUAAGGGUGUGAACUCCCGGAGCGCGCGGCGCCCCCCUCCCAGCUCCGUGAACACUGGGGGUGUGACGGAGAUCAUGGCCGAGGGGGGGGAGCUGGAGUUUGUGAAGAGGAUCAUCCACGACAGCCUACAGCUCCAGAGGAGGCUACGGUGGUAUAGUUGCAUGCUGGGAAAGAAGUGCAGCUUGGCACCCCUGAAGGAGGAACUGCGUAAACACGGGGUUCCCAAAGUUACCCACACAGAGUUCUGCCAGGGCCGCACCAUGCGCUGGGCUCUGGCCUGGAGCUUCUAUGAGGAUGUCACUGUCCCGUCUCCCCCCUCUAAGAAGCGCAAGCUGGAGAAGGCUCGCAAGCCCAUCACUUUCACUGUCCUGAACCCCACCGUGAGGGAGCUGACCGGCAAGGUGGCGUCCAUCGGCUCGAGCGCCACGAGCAGCACCGACGUGGUCACCGCCUGGAUAGAGAAGACGCUCUCCGACCUCCGGGUCCUGCACAAGCGUGUGCCCUGUGGGAAGUCUGAGGUUAGUCUUUUCCUGACGGUCAUCGAGAAUUCCUGGAUCCACAUCCGGAACAAACGGAGGGACCGCGGCCGGCAGCUGCGAGAGGUCCCCAGAGCGCCACCAAGUGGUGGCAACAGCACACUGCAGAGCAGCGAAACCAAGCAGCCAGAAACGCCCACACCAGCACAGACCACAGAAACCGACAGCAAAACCGACACAGAGGAGUCAGAGGUUAUAGUGACACUGGAGCCAGAGAGCAGCAGCAGCACCAUUGGUGGAGCUCAGGCCUCGACCAAUGGGAACAGCCCUAUCCAGGAGAGUGGCACUAAGGAGGUAGACCAGGCAGUAGAUACCGCUGCCUGCCUAGAACAGGGACCGGAAAACAAAGUGGACAGUACUGCCAUUGUUCCUCUAUCUGCAGAGCCAGACAGACAGGAAACAGCAGCAGCAGUGGCGUCUGCCACCAGUGGGGAAGGAAGCAGUGACGUCCAGCACUUCCUGUUUAAGUGUCUGAUGAACAUGAAGGAUGAAGGAAGUGAUGUCGUUGUGGAGAUGCACUGGGUGGAAGGGCAGAACCGGGACCUGAUGAAUCAGCUUUGUACCUACCUGAAAAACCAGCUGUUCAGACUCAUGGUGAACCCUUUGUAACCUCUGUCCUCACCCUUUUUGUAAGAAAAAUCGGUUCUUUGUUCUGACAGUGGAAGAAGUUAUCGUUCAUGUACAAAGCUUCUAUUUUUUUCCUUGAGUUGAUUUUUAAAAGUUUUUUUUUUAAUAAAUCCUUUACUAAAGGUAAUAUGUGA